AUGAUUCAAUGUAGUUUACCGUUGUAUAGUUUACCUUUCGUAGAUUCGGAGCACACAGAACUUAGCCUAUGUAGACGAGGCAAUGAAUUUGAUAUUCACAAUCCAUUGGCGUCAACUAGUGCUUUACUGGGCAGUGAUGAUGUCCUUGCUCAGUUUCUUACGGAUGGUCCUCUCGAAGAACCAGACCUUAACGGGCCAACAACUUUGCACUGCGAAAUAUGCAAAAAGAAGUUUGACAAUGCCAAGAAAUAUUAUGGCCAUCUACGAGUACAUUCAAAGGACAAUCUUUGGACUUGUGAUAAAUGUCCAAACCAGAAGUUUUCAGUUAAGCAAAACCUAAUGAAGCACAGUCUUACACAUAAACCACUAGCAAGAGUAUGGAAAUGUCCACAGUGUACUAUGGUCUUUGAGGCUCUGUGGCGUCUUCAACAACAUCUUUUUGCUAAACAUCUGGAUUAUAGACCACAUAAAUGUGACCUGUGUGACAAAUCUUUUUUGAAAGCAUCAGAUCUGAAGAAACACAAAGAUGUACAUGAUGGUGUUUACUACUUUUCUUGUACAAAGUGUAAGAAAAAAUUUAAAGAUAAAUCUAACUUGAACCGUCACAUGGUGUGUCACACAAAGGAGAAAAAAUACAGCUGCACGGGAUGCCAGAAUAGAUACACUCAGCUGGCAACUCUAAAGCGUCACCAAAAAAGAUGUUCCAAAUUUGUAGAUACAACUCAAGAUAAAACAACUAGAAAAAAUCAUUGCAGAGAAUGUGGUAUGUCUUUUCAGUACAAAAGUGCUCUACUGGAACAUUGUGUCAGACAACACAACAAAAAUGGUGGAGCCGCGGAUAAACAAAACAACAUUGACUCGAAUAAAACGGAAGAAAAUAUCGUCGAUGACAUUCUAUCUGCAGAAGACGAUUACAUGACCAUGUCAACGAGUCACGAAAUAUUAAACAAUUAUAGUGCACAGACAUAUACAGAUGGAAAUACAGAUGAUUAUUUAAUGCAAAUCGAAUUUUUAAAGGAAAUGAAUCAAUUGCAUUCUCUAGACGAUGAACUUUUGUACAAUGAUUUGGAUUUAGACAGUUUGCAGAGCAGUCAAAUAUUUAAUAUGAAUAGCGAUAUAGAUUAUACUUGCAACAGUGGAAUACAAUUUGAUUAUACUGGCAAAACUAUUGAUCAAGACGUGCCCACUGUGUAUCAAACGAAAAAUGAUCUACCAGAUGAUCUAUUCAACAUGAACACAUUUCCCGAGAGACCAUUACAGGCCGCAUUACCAGAAUGCGCUACGAUUUUUGAAAGCGACGUAGACUUAGAAGCGAGUACUAAUUUAGCUGAGAAUCUAAAUCAGUUGAUUGGGGAACAUUCCGUACAGUACAUUUCUACCGAAGACGAUGAUACAUUUAUUAUAAGUCUCAACAGUGAGAUAGAUGCAGAAAAAUUAACAGAUAUGCUCAAUAUUGGUGUGGAAGUUAAAGAUGAUCAAGUAGAAAGUACUGCAGCCAAAGCGGAUGAAUCACUUUUGAACAAUAUAAUACCAGUAAUCAUUAAAGUUGGUGAUGAAAAGUCAAACUUAAUAAAAGAUAAUGAGAAACCAAAAGAUAGGUGUAAGAAAACUGCUGAAUUUGUUUGUAAAACAUGUAAUAAAGUUUUUACUAAGAAGGAUAACUACAAGUCCCAUAUAGCAAUCCACAACCCGUCGUUACGUCGUCACCGGUGCGAGGUGUGUGGACAGCGGUUUGGGUAUCGCUCGACGUUGAACAAACAUCGUGCGUCUGCGCAUGAGCCGCGCACGUUAACUGCGCACACGUGUGACACGUGCGAUAGGCACUUUUCUGCCGCUUGGAUGUUGAAAGACCACAUAGAUCGUGAUCACAAGCAGGUAACGCGUUACACUUGUGACGCGACGGACUGCGGCAAGAAAUUCUUUAAGAAGUGUGACCUCGUCGUCCAUAAAAGAUUGCAUACCGGUGAGCGGCCAUUUUCCUGCGAUAUCUGUAAACGGCGUUUUCCUCACGUUUCACACCUCAAGCGCCACGAACGGAACGUCGACUGCACUAAAAAAAUAGCUGGACCUACGUCUACUCAGUGA